AAUAAUUUUAUUUUUUUUUUUCAUUAAGUUUUUCGCUGAGUUCUGCCAUCUUAACUUUUAUCGUCCGGCCCCCUCGAAGACAUUUAAUGGCUACAAUUCUUCUUCCCAACCUGCUGCCAUCUCUUCCGCCUCUUCCGUUCCAGCAGCCUUCGCCUUGUCAUUCACUCGCCAAGAAUGUCGUAAAGUCACGCUCUCGAAAUAUAUUUGUGUCCUGCUGCUCUUCUUCGUUGCGAGAUCCGGUUCCCAUCAUGGCACAAGAUUCAUCUUCUUCUUUCGAAGAUACCUUAUUUACUGAACUAGUUGCCGCUGAUGGGAUCGAUGGGAGUCCCAAUUUCAGGGGGUGCAAGACCUGUGGAAGAGAGGAAAUUGUGAAAAGAUGUAAUGGUGAGGGGAGGAUUCAAGGAGGUAUAGCAACUAUUCGUGGCUUUGGCUGGUGGCCCAUAAAGGCCUUCAAACCUUGUCCUGGAUUUGUUGCGUCUGGUGGGAGAUAUAGACGGCAUGGGCAAAGCUUGGAUGAGGUUGCUUUUGGGAGGACUGAAAGAGACAUUUCUGUGAAGUUAAAGGCUAUGUCCACCAGGAUGAAUCAAGGUCCAAGAAAGCUUAAAGAAUGAUGGAAGCCAAGCAAAACUGCUGUAUUCAGCGCUGGAAGCAGCUCAAAGAGAUCUUUGGAUGUCUUUGCAAAAUAAGGAGCUUGCCAUCUAACAGUUGAUCCUUUGUGGUGAGAAGAAGCAGAAGAGUAUCUGAAACUGUAUUCUUCAUGAAGUGUUAUUUAAUUAUUUACAGUAAUAUUUAAGGUUUGUGUUGAUGCUCACCAGAACUUUUUCAUUUUUCUGGUACUAAUUAUUUUGUGGUCUAUAUCCAAUUCAUGAAAUGAACUUGCCCUUAGAUAUGUAAUCCUCAUGAUUUUUAUUAUCAUCAUCAGCAUCCCCAUCAAUAACCUUAUCCCAAUUGUUUGGGAUCAGUUAUAUGAAUCAUCAUUUAUUUAUU